AGCUGUCCAGCCGUGAAACCGUUCUCCUCUCGCGAAUUCUCGUACCAGAACCUGUCCCCCCGGCGAAGGUUGUUGAACUGUUGGCCGAUUAUACAGGCGAACGUUGGCCCCACCAAACCGCCCUUCACCGACUUCUCAGCUAUCCCGCCUGUGAACAGAUCGAUGUCCUCCACCGACGAGUACACCGACCUGAACUUGCUCGCCGUCGACGGUGGGAUCGCUUUCUCCAAGUCGUCGAAGUUUCUUAUGGGGGACAGGGCGCAGGGUUGCCGCCAAUCCACGUACGGGGGGAUACCGUGAUCUCUGCCCCGUUGUA